GGGUGAGAGGGAUGAGUGGAUGAGUGAUGUGCUAUGUGGCCCGAGCUCUCACUCAGCAAAGGUCAUGUAAAAGAAACCCCCUCCCAUUGGCUCAGAGAAGAUCAACAGCUGGCCGUUGGGAAUGACGGCUGGCUGCCGACCUGCACAAGGUGCCACGAAAUUCCCCGGAUUCCGCUUCAACCUCAUCCUUCCUGGUCAGUCCAAGAGGAGGCUUGCAGACGACUAAACCACGCCCGCACUCGUGAAACAGAGGCACCAGCCAGCUGUUGGGAUCUUCUGGAUGCGACACCGCCCCACCAAAAAUGCCGUUCAAAAUCAAAUAGGAAGGACAGCCUGCUAACGAUGAAGCCAAGCGUUGCGAUAUUGUCCAUGCCCGCAUACCGCCAGUGGAGAACUGCUCGGAGAAGCCGCCUCUUCUGGUGACCUCGUCGCCGGACCAGCCUCUCCAUGACAUAAAAGACCUAGGGCCUGCCGAGAAGACUCGGUCAAGUGCCAGGAUUUCCAGAGCAGCAGCGGCAGCCGCCCUCAUGCUUCUGGGAGGUCUCGAGGUCUGAAGGCUGGCCAUUUAUAGGUCCUCUUCAUCCGUCGAGGGCAUACCGAUUACCCCGCCUCGAGCCUACAUGGGCAGCGGGUGUGUUCUGCAGUUGGACCUCACACGGCCCAGCCAUGGCGACUAUUGGUUGCCUCGUGCUGACCCGGUCGCAUCGGCGCAGUGGUCUUGCGGAAUCAGCAGCAUAUCGCAACCCUACCAUUGCAAAAGAUGCCACACCCUUCCCUCUCUCUUCUCCCCUCAAGCUCCCUCGACCCGGAUGGGGGCCGUAGUCGGCCUUACUAUCAGGCCAAUGGAAUCCCCGCGAUCAAUGGCAAGACGAAAGUUUGCUCGUCGUUGGGGGCACAGGCUCUGUGUUGGGCUCAUGGAAGACGCGGAAGAGAGUGAAAAGAGGGGCUCCUGCGAUAUCUGCUCGUCGUGUCGCCAUCAGAUUGAGAGCGAUGACCCCCCCUGACACUCAUGGCGAUCCUACCCAGAGGUCUGGGCCCAUCAUCGUGUACGCGGCCAUUGUUCUUGGUCCCUUUACAUACGAACAAGUUGCAACCCAAUAAACACUAUCCCGUCAGACAAGUCAGACAGCAGCAGUCAGCGUGACAAGCAAAGGUUACCUUGAAGUUCCUCGCCGUCUCCUUCUCAGCCCUACUGCAUCCCACGUUUUCCCCCUCCCCCUGUGAGAGAUGUCGUAAACCACCCCCGGCCCCGAACUCUAGGUCCCGAUAGUGGCGCCCUGCACCUGUCCGUACACUCAGCUCAGCCCCCUCAAAGAACAAAAGCAGCUGCCUGCCCGAUUCCCAAUCACAUCUAGAUCACUCCCAAACACCCCCAACCCAAAUCUGAGAUUUGGAUCGUUUUUUUGCGACACGGUGACCAGAACCUUCCGACCAGACGGCGACAAGCGUGCCUUUUGAGACGGCAUAAUCCUUCUCGAAGACUCGCGUUACACUCACACAGGAAGCAUCCAGACGGCGCCAUUUAAAUUACCCCGGCCUGAAACCAAUUGGUUGAAACAUACGGGUCGGCUACACAGCACAGCAAAGCAGCCAGCAGCAAGCAGCAGUCAGCAGUGAGCAGCGGGCCGAAUAACAAUCAAUUCAAAGACGCCCGAGCCACAGUCACAAGGAUUGUGAAGGGAAGAAGUUGAAAAGGCGCCACGAUGCGCGGCCAAGGCCUUUGGGAGUGCACCUUUUGUGUGGUGCUGACCUUUUCGGCGCUGCUGGGGCAGGAUGUUCUGGUCUCAGCGUCACACAUGGGGAGAAACCCACUGCAGCAGAUCCAACAAUUGCAACAGCAGAGGAGGGAUGGCGAUGUCGUUCACAGGGUUCCAAAGGCCCAAAUUACACCCCCACCGGUGGUGCGAGGCGAUGUGUUACGGAGGCUGGAGGGUGCGACUUGCGCCACAGAACACCAUAUGUGCCCCCCGGAGAUGAAUGGCGGCUGCUGUCCAGAUCGAUAUGCCUGUGCAUUUGACUCGUGUUAUGCGACUACGGCUGGGCCCACGACGGCAUGUGGGAUGGCAAAUUAUUUUGCGUGUGCUGAUUCUGCACUUGGGGGAUGCUGUCCAGUUGGAUAUAUCUGCGGAGAAAGAAAAUGCGAGCCACCUGCUGACGCCAGCGCUCAAGAGACCAACUGUCCAGCAAGCUACACCUUGUGCCCAGCAAGUGCCAGUUUUGGGUGUUGCAAAGAAGGCUAUGCAUGUGCAAUCAAUGGCUGUUACAAGACCGAACCGUACGGUACGACUGUCGUCCGAACAUUUACAUCGACUUCCAGCGGAUCAGUCCUCCUCACGACUGCGACUAUCACCAGUACUGCCACACCAUCAGCUCCGGUAGGUGUGCCUGCCUCGGAAAAUGCCAAAACAGUGGUCAAGUUCAUCCCAACCUCGGUCCUCAAGAUUGCGGCAAUUCAGCCAACCGAGCCGGCGAGUGGCGGUGGGCUCAGCGGAGGGGCCAUCGGUGGUAUUGUAGCCGGGAUAGUGAUCUUGCUUGUCGUCGUUGUUGCCGCCGCAUUCUUCAUCAUCCGACGUGUGAACAAGGUCCGUGAUGAGAUCGUCGAGUCAAAGAAGGGGGGAUCAGACAUGCCAAAGUCGCAUUCCAAAACUGCAUCGCAAGUCCAUCAGAUGGAAGUGGACGGUGGCCAGCUCCACUACAACCCUCCCUAUGAAGACGACAUUGGUAUUGAUUCACUUAUACAAAGCAAUACCUCUGCAGCUGGCACGCCUGCACCUUUCUACGACCCCAACAGCAACAACCGCGGACGGUCCGAAUCCAACCCCGCAGGAGGCUUCACACCCUCUCCCAACAUGUUCCCCACCUACGAUGAACCCAACCGCUCCCGCCAUGCCAGUCCGGAGCCCGACCCUGGAUGGUUCGACAGUGGCAAUGUGCCCCCAGGCGCAGGUGUUCAGAAUAACCAACCCAUGAGGCCGGCACCUAUCCGGCAAAGCAGUGGUUCUCAAGGGGACGCCUACGGCAACUACCAAUACACGCAGUACACGCCUUAUUCACACAAUCGCAACCAAUCCGACGCCUCGGAGCUCUCAGCCGACGGCGGCUCUGACCGCGGUGGUGCUUCUCCUCAUAUCAUCCCUGAGCUCGCCGCGUCUGGCGGAUUUGCUGCGGAACUACCCGGUCAGCACGGAGUGAGGAGCAGGUCAAGCAGCAAUACUAGCGCGAGGGGACAAUAUCGGAAUCAUCCUAUGCACCACUCCAGACAACGGAGCGACAGCAACAUGAGUGACGGGCAACAGGGGGUGCCACAAGGUGGGGCGCAAGGGCUAGGACUGAGCCCGCUCGACGAAGAGGGAACUGAUAUACAUGGAUACUAUGGACGAAGAGACCAACAGGCUGGACAAACAGCAGCGGGGCUAGGCGAGGUGGAAUGGGAUAUGAGUAGUCCGGUCGACCCGGGCUAUGUUCCAAGGCCAUACCCCAAGGAUCAGCCCGGUGGCGGCAGGUAGAUUUGUUUCGUGACGCAACAACUGAGAGGAGGGUGUUUCGUUAUUUCUGUUGCUGGAAAUGGGCGGUAGGUGGCGGUAAAGGACAGUCGUUUCUGCAUAUCAUACCCAAGUAUGGAUUCAUGGCGUUUUCGUUGCACUGGGAGUACUGGCGUUUUCGGGUUCCCUUUUCACCUCGGACAAGAACACAACUGGUUAUACAAGGCAGGAAUGGCAAGGAAAGAUAUAUACACUAGCAGGUUGCUUUUAUACCUGCGAUGACGUUUUUAUCUGGGUGGCUUGAGUUCAGUUUCACAAGUGCAUUAUUGCUUUCAAAUACCUUCUAGUAUAUACUAUACCUACUUUACCUCCUUUACCUUCGUUGAUAACAGCAUCACAUCUUCCACCUCGAACCCGAAUACGACGACCAUCAACAUAUAAAUACUACAUACAUGCUAUUUUUAACCGGCUGGGGGUUUUUUGUCUCGACGCAGUAUUAAUGCUUUUCUCUCCCCCCUCCCCCGCCCCACAGUUCAUGAACUUUUUCGGUAGCGG